CGCAAGCCUGUUUAUUUAGCUUUUAAAUACAGGAAGAGUAUGCCUGCAUUUUAGCAAAACAGCCAAAUUUCAAGGCUUUCCAGAGUUCACUUCGCUAACAAAAACUAAGAAUCAACCUCACCGCCUUUAACCAUUCCGUCACUUGCUCUCGGUGGAAAAAGAAGAAGAUGGCAUCUACAUCGGGGAAGCUUAUGCGCGCCGUUCAGUACGCUAGCUGCGGCGGUGGAGCUGCUGGUUUAAAGCAUGCUGAAGUUCCGAUCCCUACUCCGGCCAAGGAUGAGGUCUUGAUCAAGUUGGAAGCGAUAUCUAUCAACCCAGUUAACUGGAAAGUGCAGAAGGGGAUUAUGCGCCCCGUGCUGCCACGCAAAUUCCCUCGCAUACCCUGUACUGAUGUGGCCGGAGAGAUUGUGGAGGUGGGUUCGGCUGUAAAGAAGUUCAAAGCUGGCGAUAAAGUCGUGGGUUACCUCGCCUUAUCGAGUGAAGGUGGAAUGGCUGAGUAUGCAGCUGCCAAGGAAAGCUCCACGGUUGCCAGACCAGCCGAAGUUUCAGCGGCUGAAGGUGCAGCUUUGCCCGUUGCAGGUGUGACUGCUUACCAGGCGCUCACUCAGGUUGCUGGGCUCAAACUAGACGGAACUGGGCCACAGAGAAACAUUCUGGUAACUGCUGCAUCUGGUGGUGUGGGUCAGUAUGCUGUUCAAUUGGCAAAGCUAGGAAACGCCCAUGUUACAGCUACUUGUGGAGCACGGAACAUUGAGUUAGUAAAGAGUUUAGGGGCUGAUGAGGUUCUUGAUUACAAAACGCCAGAGGGAGCAGCUCUCAAGAGCCCAUCGGGCAAGAAGUAUGAUGCUGUGGUUCACUGCACAACUGGUAUUUCAUGGUCAACAUUUGAACCGAACUUGAGUGGGAGUGGGAAGGUCAUAGAUCUCACUCCUGGACCAAGUGCCUUCAUGACGUUUGCCCUGAAGAAGCUGACCUUCUCCAAGAAGCAGCUCUUGCCACUUUUGGCAGAUGUUAAGGCUGCCGAUCUGGAGUGUCUUGUUGAGCUGGUGAAGGAGAAGAAACUGAAGACAGUAAUCGACUCGACUUAUCCCUUAAGCAAGGCUGAAGAUGCUUGGGCUAAGAGCAUUGAAGGGCAUGCCACCGGGAAGAUCAUUGUGGAGCCUUAAGACUAUCAAAUACGUGUGUGAUAUAUUUACCGCUCUCUAUCUGCCUUUGUUUGUGUUCUGGAAUCAGAGUGAAUGGCA